CAAAAAGUGACUCUCUCAUUUUACGUACUCACACACAAAAAAGUACAAAGUCUAGAUAAUUUUUGUCUGAAUCUCUUGCUGGAUCUCUCUUUUUCAAUGGAUGACCAAAGAAGCUUAAAGAUCAACAAGAACAUGGAGGAUUUCGAGAGCAAUAUCGAAGAUAUGGACCUAAGGAGAGGUCCAUGGAUCGUUGAGGAAGAUAUCAAGCUCAUCAAUUACAUUGCUACUCAUGGUGAAGGCCGAUGGAACUCUCUCGCUCGUUGCGCCGGACUCAAAAGGACCGGAAAAAGUUGCAGACUACGGUGGCUAAACUAUCUCCGACCAGAUGUUCGCCGUGGAAACAUAACCCUUGAAGAACAACUCUUAAUUCUUGAACUUCACUCCCGUUGGGGCAAUAAGAAAGAAUUUGAUCACAUGCAAUUAUAUUUUCCUGUGAUUUUCAGAUGGUCUAAGAUUGCACAAUAUUUACCAGGAAGAACAGACAACGAGAUAAAAAACUAUUGGAGAACACGUGUUCAAAAGCAUGCAAAACAGCUUCGAUGCAACGUGAACAGUCAACAGUUUAAAGACACCAUGAGGUAUCUUUGGAUGCCUCGGCUCGUAGAACGGAUCCAAGCCGCCUCCGGUUCAACCUCCACAACCACCACUGGAUCUGCUGCCACAUCAUCUUGCGUCACCACCUCUUCAGAUCAGUUCAUGAUGACGUCAUACGAUGAUGGAGUCAACAACAACACCAACAUGGACCAUUUGGGUUUAAUGAGCAACCCUAAUGUUUAUGUCACGCCGGGAAAUUCCAGCGUGGCAGUAUCUCCGGAAUCUGAUUUGGCGGAAUAUCACGUGGCACCUAGCGAAGUGGGAAAGAUUGAGAAUAGUUAUAAUGCGGAUCAGAAUUUGGUGGGUCCACGAAUGUCGUCUUCGCAGAUUAAUUAUUUGGAUAAUAAUAACAAUGGGUUAUUAAGCGGAGAUUCAAGGGCGAUGCAGGAGCAGAGUUAUGUUAAUUGGUUUGAAAAUAUUAGUGGAGCGAUACCUUCUUUUUCGGACAGUUUUUUGAACAUUGGAAGUGAUCAAAACUUUUGGCUCUUACAGCAACAACAGAUUCUCAACAAUGGAAGCUUCUGAAUAGACAGGAA